UAUCAAUCCCUUGCAGAUUCAGCUGUUUGAAUACUUUCGAUCUUCUCAAUACUUUUCUUCAUCACAACAAUGGCUGCAUCCAUGGUUGGUGGAGCUUUCCUCUCAGCUUUCCUCCAGGUUCUGUUUGAUCGGAUGGCUUCCCGUGAGAUUUUAGACUUCUUUUGCUUCAGAAAACUCAACACUGAUUUGCUCAAGAAGUUGAAGCUCACUCUGCUUUCCAUUAAACCCGUGCUCGAUGAUGCUGAAGAGAAGCAGAUAACAGAUCCAGCAGUCAAAGAAUGGCUUGACGAACUCAAAGAUGCAGUCUACAUUGCAGAGGACCUUGUGGAUGAAAUCGCCUAUGAAUCUUCACGGUGCUUGUUGGAAGGUCAAGAUAAAGCAGAGUCAAGCCAGGUACGGAGUUCUCUUGCAUUUAUUCCAAGUUCAAUUGACAAGGAGAUAGAAUCACGUUUAGCAGACACAGUUGACACACUAGAAUAUAUUGCUAACCAGAAGGAUCUACUCCGUUUGAGAGAAGGUGUUGGUCGAAACCUAAUUACAAGUUUUCAAACGACUUCUCUGAUUGAUGAUUCUUAUGUAUUUGGUAGACGUGAGGAGAAGGAGGAAAUCAUUAACUCGUUGCUCUCUGAUGAUGCAAGCGAUAGCAAUAUAGGUGUGGUUGCUGUCAUGGGCAUGGGUGGUGUUGGCAAGACCACCCUGGCUCAGCUGGCAUAUAAUGAUUCUGCAGUGGAUAAUUUUUUUGACAUCAAAUCCUGGGUGUGUGUUUCACAACAAUUUGAUAUUUUUAGGAUUACUAAAACACUGCUUGAGAAAAUUUCUUCAGAGAAUUGGUAUACCAACGAUCUUGAUCAGCUUCAAACUGAACUGAAGAAGAAUUUGACAGGGAAGAAAUUUCUGAUUGUUCUUGAUGAUGUUUGGAAUUAGAAUUAUGUUAACUGGGAGUUCUUAAAGAAACCUUUCUCAUCUGGAGCUCGAGGAAGUAAGAUCAUUGUGACAACACGAAAUGAAGGUGUUGCAUCCAUGAUGAAAACUAUUCCAACUCACCAUCUAGAACAACUAUCAGACAGUGAUUCAUGGCUGUUGUUUGUGAAACAUGCCUUUGACAACAGAAAUUCACAAGCAUAUCCAAAUCUUGAAGCAGUUGGCAGGAAAAUUGUCAAGAAGUGCAAAGGCUUGCCUCUAGCUGUGAAGACAUUAGGUGGUCUACUGCGUUCCAAGCAAAGUCUCGAGGAAUGGAAUGAGAUUUUUGAAAGCAAUAUCUGGGAUUUUCCAGAUGAUAUAAGCAACAUUCUUCCAGCUCUUAGACUGAGCUAUCUUUUUCUCUCAUCGAAUCUAAAGCAGUGUUUUGCUUACUGUGCAAUAUUCCCCAAGGGCUACGAGUUCAAGGAGGAGGAAUUAAUAUUAAUGUGGAUGGCAGAAGAUCUUUUACAUCGGCCUAUAGGAAAGAAGAAGAUGGAAGAUAUAGGGGAUGAGUACUUCAAUCAUCUGACAUCGAGGUCCUUUUUUCAAAAAUCAACUCGAGAUAAAUCUCGAUUCAUUAUGCAUGACCUUAUUCAUGAUUUAGCCAAAUCUGUGUCAGGGGAAUUCAGUCAGAGUUGUGAGUGUGAACCCUCACAUAAAGUUGGCAGGAAGACUAGAUAUAAGUCUUUUUCGAGGGAAUAUCAUGAUAAUGAUAAGUUAGAGAAAUUUGAGACAUUUUACGAAGCCAAGUACUUACGCACCCUCCUUCCAUUUCCUUCACGGUUGUCUUAUGGCAGUUCUAUUGAGGUACCAAAUGAAUUGUCGCAGAAACUUCGGUACCUACGUGUUCUCUCUCUGUCUGGUUUUCACAUCAAAAAGUUGCCUGAUUCAGUUGGAAACCUGAAACAUCUACGAUAUUUUGACCUCUCCGGCGCUCUAAUUAAAAGUCUUCCCAACACAGUCUGUACUUUGUUCAACUUGCAGACAUUACUAUUGUUAAAUUGCGAACGCCUCGUAGAAUUGCCAGCUAACAUGGGAAGAUUAAUCAAUUUGCGUCAUCUCUAUAUUAGCAAAACUAAGUUGAAAAAGAUUCCUCUAGAAAUGAAUAAACUGAAAAAUCUCCGAACAUUAACUAAUUUUGUUUUGGGAUAUGAUGGUGGCUGUGGGAUGGGGUACCUAGGAGAUCUUCAGGAUCUCCAUGGAGAACUUACAAUUUCUGGGUUGCAGAACAUUGUCCAUGUGCAGGAUGCAUCAGUGGCCAAGUUAAAAGAUAAGAGAUACAUUAAGAAGCUCUCUCUGGAAUGGAGUGGUUGUACCAGCGAUUCACAAAUUGCUAGAGAGGUUCUGGACAAGCUUCAACCUCACGGAAAUCUGCAAGAACUUGUCCUUGCAGGGUAUGGGGGUACGAGAUUUCCAGAUUGGCUGGGACCUCAGUCAUUACCUAAUUUAGUAUCUCUUUCUCUGUUCAACUGUGAUUUUUGUGUUACCUUGCCACCACUUGGGGAACUACUUUACCUCAAAGAGCUCAGUAUCGAAGGAAUGAAGAGUGUGGUUGCUGUUGGCCCCGAGUUUCAUGGAAAUUGUUCUUUCGGAAUUCAGUCAUUUCAAUGCCUAGAAAUUUUGAAGUUUUCAAGGAUGAAAGGAUGGCAGGAUUGGUUCUUUCCUGAUGGAGAACAUGGUAAGGGUGUUUUCCUUCGUCUACGGGAGCUUCAUAUAAUGCGUUGUGACAACCUCGAAGGAGAUAUUCCUUUCUAUCUUCCAUUAUUGGAAAAACUUGAGAUUGUUGAAUGUCCGAAGUUUGGGCUUUCCCUUCUAACCACUCUAGCUACGUGUGAAUUUGAAAUAUUCCAGCAUGAGAAACUUCAGCGCCCAAUCAAUUGCUGCUACGAAUUCCUUACAAAUUUGAUAAUAAAUUGGAGUUUGAAGUCAUUUCCAUUUGACUUGUUUCCAAACCUUGGGUGUCUUGUACUCCGCAGUUGUAAAAAGCUUGAAUCCUUGACGUUUUCGAAGAGCGGCAGUUUCCGCGAACUUAAAUCGCUGACACAUAUAGAAGUAAACGAGUGCCCCAAUUUUGUUUCUUUUCCCGCUGGGGAAUUGCCUGCUCCCAACCUGAAAAAUCUUACUCUCAUCAACUGCAAUAAAUUGAAGUCAUUGCCCGAAAGAAUGCACAGCCUACUUCCAUGUCUUUCGGUUUUGUGGAUAUGGAAUUGUCCGGAUAUUUAUUCAUUUCCAGAAGGAGGCCUUCCCGUCAGUUUGUUUCACAUGAGGAUAAAUAAGUGUGACAAACUUUUUGAGCAGCGAAUGAAGUGGGGUUUGCAAAGGCUCACCCAUCUCCAGUUCUUGUCAAUCGGUUCUGAAAUUGAGGAUCUGGAGUCCUUUCCAGAUGAAGGACUGCUACCCUCCUGUCUAGAAUGUCUCAUUAUCUGCAAAUUUCCAAAACUGAGGAAACUGGAUGGCUUGGUGCUCAGGAAGCUCUCAUCUCUUGUACUAUUGCAUAUCGAGUGUUGCCCUGACAUUCAACGGUUGCCUGAAGAGGGGCUACCUACCUCUCUUCAAUAUUUACUUAUAGAGUCUUGCCCCAUUUUAGCAAAACUGUGCCAAAGAGAGGAUGGUGAAGACUGGCAAAAGAUUGCUCACUUACCUGAACUAGAUAUUAUUCGUUAAUAUUUUUGUGUGAUUAUAUAUUUCUUUAUGUUCAACAUGUAUUUACAGAGUAGCUUUUUAAGUCACAAAGCAUUUGACACAUUCGAUUAAAUAAACUAUUGGGUGUGAUAUUAUUUUGAUUUUCAUGUGAC